AUGGCAUUGCCGGUAUCCGACGGAAUCUUUCGUUAUCAGCCAAGAAAAGGAUGCGCAUCUCCGAAUCAGGAGUCUUGUGACACGUCGUCUGUUUACAUCAUGCAACUAUUCCGGGGUACUCGGCAUUGGAACACGCGUAUCCGUAUCCACUCCCCUGAGGGCCAAGCUAAAAAAGCUGCAGCUAUGAUGUCGAUGCUCAGUGACAAACAAUGGCAUGUCCAAGCCAGUGGAAGAAACACGUGCCAGCAGCGCAUGAUGAUCUGGGAUAUCAAGAUCACGAUGUUAAAGGCCACCACGCCACCAUCUAAACAACCCAAAUGCGUAACUCCAAUAAAAAAACAACGGUUCCAAACACUGACUGUAUAUGCUAUGUGGUAA